CGGCGAAGGCGCAGCCACGAGGGUCCGCGGCGUCUCGGGCGCGCCCCCCGCCCUCCUAGCUGCAGCGUAGUCGCAGCAGGAGCGCCAGGCCGGGCGGAGCCGGAAGCCGCCGGCCGAGCCUGCCCCACUGCGCGGCGGUGCGCAAAGGAGGGCGCGACGGCGGUGUGGCUCCUUCAUGGCGCUCAACCUGAGCCGGAAUGGGCCGGCGCUGCAGGAGGCCUAUGGCCGGGUGGUGGCCUCCGGGAGCCGCACGGACUGGGCUCUGUUUACAUAUGAGGGUAACAGCAAUGACCUCAGGGUGGCAGGGACUGGAGAUGGUGGUCUGGAGGAGAUGGUGGAGGAACUCAAUAGUGGAAAAGUAAUGUAUGCAUUCUGCCGAGUGAAAGACCCCAAUUCUGGUUUGCCGAAAUAUGUGCUCAUUAACUGGUUUGGUGAAGGCGUAAAUGACGUAAGAAAAGGAGCCUGCGCCAACCACGUCAGUUCAGUGGUCAACUUUUUGAAGGGUGCUCAUGUGACAAUAAAUGCUCGGGCUGAUGAAGAUGUGGAGCCAGAGACCAUUAUAGAGAAGGUGGCCAAAGCUUCGGGGGCAAACUAUAACUUCCAUAAAGAAGGAAGCAAGUUCCAGGAUGCCGGACCACAAGCUCCUGUGGGCUCCGUUUACCAGAAAACAAAUGCUAUGUCUGAGAUUAAAAGGGUCGGCAAAGAUAACUUUUGGGCCAAAGCAGAGAAAGAUGAGGAAAAUCGCCGGCUUGAAGAAAAGAGGAAAGCAGAGGAAGCGCGUCAACAUUUGGAAAAGGAGAGUCGGGAUCGGGACUUGAAAGAAGCAUCUUUACGGGAGCGAAAAUAUAAGGAGCGCGCCCAGGAAAUUGAUGCUCAGAGGAAAUUCCAGCAACAACAGGAAACCAACUCAAGAGAACAAGAAAAACAACAAUGGAAGGAGCAAGAAGAAGUUCGCAACAAGAAAGGUUUCCCACGGAGGAGUGAGUCUGUGGAGAAAGCUCAGGAAGCCGCAUCACUAGUAGCUCAACGAUCAGUGAAUCCUCGCGAGAUCUUCAAACAGAAGGAGAGGUCCAUGUCUACAGAGGGAGCAGCCACCAUCAGCUCCCAGCCAGGCAAGUUACGGAGCCCUUUCCUUCAAGAGAGAAACCAGGUGGAGAGUCCUGCCUCCCCUCUCCCACCUGCUACGCAAGAUGUUCCUCCUCCUGUUGUUCGUUCGUCUGCUCAUGACACACCUCCAGUUUUUCCUGUUCCCGAACUUGGUAAUUCUGCCAGGGAGGAGAACCACAAGGCAGGAGCUGCAACCUUCCAACCAGAAGCAGAACAGGAGGUGGUGUAUGAGGAACCCCCAAACCAGCAUGUUAUCUAUGAUGAGCCCCCGGAGCCUGAAGAAGCUAACUAUGAUUAUAGUGAUGCCUACCAAGAAAACCUUAACACAGAAGGAAAAGGAAUAUGUGCCCGUGCUCUGUAUGAUUACCAGGCUGCUGACGACACAGAGAUCUCUUUUGACCCUGAAAACAUUAUCACAAACAUUGAGAUGAUUGACGAGGGCUGGUGGCGAGGUUACGGGCCCGAUGGUCACUUUGGGAUGUUUCCGGCCAACUACGUGGAACUUAUUGAAUAAGGAAUGCUCGCCCAGGGUGGGGACGAGCACAAGUAAUGUCUGAAAGACCAACUUUCCUCAAAACCACUUCUUGGAGAUGAAGCUGUGCUAUGAUUUUUCUUUUAAGAGAGGGGGGGGCAUUGCUUCGUGUCCCCAUUGCUGGCAAAACUCUCUAAUCGGCUUGGUGAAGCGGAUCCUUUUAUGUUCAUUUUCCUUAACAGGCAUUUUCAGAUAGAGAUGGACAUCAGUUUUUUUGAGGGGGGGGGCGGACACAAAAUUAUUCCGUUUGUUCAGAGAGGGAGGAAGAUCAUGUAGUGGGAAACGCACUGGACAAAACCACUCUCUGCAGGCAUACAUGGACCAUGGUACUCUUGAAUAUCGACCUGGGCUCUUUUGAAGAAAGGGAAGCUAUGAUCAGACCUUUUCAAUUUGCCCAUUGUAACUUUUCCAAGAUAGCACAAGAGAAGAGAAAUCUUAAGAAAUGCCUACAUUAGUAUUACCUUUGAUUGAGGCUGCAGCCCACCACCCACUUACUCCAGAGUGCUGCUUUGGGGAAAAUGGAUUGUUUAUAGCUGCUUUUGAAGGACGGCCUGUUUGGAAUUGCUCCAAGGGAAAAACUGCUUGAAAGAGUAGAAUUACCCAUGCUUUCUGCAGGCUUCCUUUGUGAAGCUUCAUUCCAUUUCAGUGGAGCAAUUCUUUAGGGAAGAGGGUGCCCUCAGACCUCUCCCCCACUUAACAUGCAAGCUGAUUGGGGUUGGAGCAUUUGUAGAAACUCUUAUCCUUGCAAUAAGGCAAAAGGCUGCCUCCAUAGGUCUCGUGGCAGAAGAGAUCCAGCUAUCAACUCAAUAGCUAAUGAGACAAUUGACCCCAGAUCAAGGCUUAUCUCUCAGCUGGUGGUAGGUGCACACAGCUUUAAAUAUUAUGCUUGUGUGUGUAGGUGUGAGGUUUGCUUAAUGGAACUCUGGUUUAUCCAAUUACCCUUUCUGGAAUUUAGGAGUGGGAGGACGAAAGUACAUUAAAUUUGGCUGUGGUAAAAUUGGAAUUCAUUUCUUCCUCUGCCUUUUUUGUGGGUGUUUUGUUUUAAACUAGAAUAUAAAAUCUGGCAGCUGAAUACACAACAAUAGUACCAAUUCCAAAACUGGAUAUUUGAUACCUUCAGGCCCAAUCUUUUCCCACAACUUCUCUUUACAGUAUAGAGGCAUAAUGUUUAACCUCCAAAGGGCAAUGUUUUAUGUUUCUCUUGUUUCGUUGGCUCAAGGUAGUUUGAACAGGCUUGUCAAACUUUUCAUAACUCUACCCAGGCAGAU